AUGGACUUGUGGACGUGGGAUGAAGCAUCACCACAGGAAGGGCCCCCAGGGAACAGGCUGUCAAGGCCGGAAGGAGCUGAACUCGGCUUCUAUUUCCCUGAAGUGGCACUCCAAGGGGACACCCUGACAGAGGACCCUUGCUGGAAAGGAUUCCCACAGCAGGACUGGGGCUCCACGUUGCCACACCCAGAAACUCCACAGAAAGCGGAGCACUCCUGUCAGGCUCUACCGUGGUCAGGAGACUGGUCACAAUUUGGGUGCACCAGCUGGGACCCUUGGAGCCCUGUCUCGCCGGCCCUGGGCCCCGCCCCUCCCGGCCUGGGCCCUCUCCGCUCCUCUGGGUCUUUAGGGAUCACACGCCAGAACACCAGCUCUGCGGGAGGUACCAACUCGUGGUCGGGCGUAGCGGCAGCAGCCAGCUCCACCAGCUGGGACUGUUCUAUUGGCUGCGACCGCGCCACCCCCUGGGGCGAGCCUGAGCGCCGGUACUAUCCCACCACCUGGGACAUGGGGUUGCAUACGGAUUGCACCACGUCUUCGAAGGAGUACCAGAGUUCAGAUUUCACCUCUUCCUCCGGACCGAGCCAGCAGUCGGACCGCGCAACUUUAGCUCAUUAUCCCAAAACUAACCACCGAGGUCCAAUUCAGCUGUGGCAGUUCCUCCUGGAGCUGCUUCAAGAUGGGGCUCGUAGCAGCUGCAUCCGCUGGACGGGCAACAGCCUCGAGUUCCAGCUGUGCGACCCCAAAGAGGUGGCGCGGCUGUGGGGCGAGCGCAAGAGGAAACCUGGCAUGAAUUACGAGAAGCUGAGCCGAGGCCUGCGCUACUACUACCGUCGCGAUAUUGUGCGCAAAAGCGGUAGGAGCAAGUACACCUACUGCUUCGGGGGUCGGGUGCCCGGCUUAGCUUAUCCCGACCGUUCCGGGGGCGGACAGGGAGCAGCAACCCAAUAAAAUAUCCGGUCAAAUCUC